AUGGUCUGCGCAAAAUGCCAAAAGAAACUCAAGUCCACGGAGCUGGCCACACCAGGUGUCAAACGCAAAAGUGAAAUGUACUAUGGCUCGCCGGCGACGACACUAGGCGGUGGCGGCGGAGCUGGCACUGCUACGAAGUCCAAACCGACGUUGGGAAAUACAGGUAUCGGAAAGAGUAAACUGCUCAGCUCCAAGGCCAAGAAUCCAUAUGCGGCUUACUCGUCGUCCUGUGAGCUCUGCAGGACCAAGACGGAGCAGGGGCGGAAGUAUUGUCAGCGGUGUGCCUAUCAGAAGAAUGCUUGUCCGAUGUGUGGGAAGAGUCUGGCUGGGAAGUCUGCAAAGGACCAGCCCGUGGUCCAGGGGCAGAAGUUCAACUUGAAGUGA